AUGGGGUUGAAACCAUAUCUCGGCCUGCAGGGCAAUGCACUGCUGCGGGCAGCGGUCAUGCUGGUCGUAUGUCCGACAUUUACUUGUUACGGAUACAACAUGAGUGUAGCUGGAGGUCUCUUGACGCUCUCGGCAUUUAACAAUCAAUUUCCUCGGAUGGACACUAUCAAUACCACCGGUGCACAGCAGGAGGAGAAUUCCCAAAUACAAGGCACUGUUAUCGCACUAUAUACGGUCGGCGGUAUUUUCGGCGCCCUUUCCUGCGUCUACCUUGGUGAUCUCCUUGGUCGACGCAAGGUCAUCUUCUUCACGAACCUUAUUUCAAUUAUCGGUGCCAUUCUUAUGGCUACAUCUUUCCAAUUCUCUCAAUUCAUCGUUGCCCGAGUAGUGCUUGGUCUGGGAACUGGCGGCUAUGUUGCGACAGUACCUGUCUGGCAAUCAGAGAUCUCUCCAACCCACAAGCGUGGAUCAAAUGUCGUGACUGACGGUAUCUUCAUCGGUGUGGGUGUUACUGUCGCACUUUGGAUCGACCUGGGAUUUUACUUUGUGCAAGGCAGCUCCGUCUCAUGGCGUUUCCCUCUCGUCUUCCAAGUGAUUCUUUCCGCGACAGCCAUGAUCUUUAUCUUUCUUCUCCCUGAAUCACCUCGCUGGCUCAUCAAGACUGGCCAGAUCGAGCAGGCACGCCAUGUUCUGGGAGCAUUGCUCGAGGCCGAUCCCGAGUCAAGCACCGUUACCGAAAGUGUGGUGACUAUCGAAGCCUCCCUCGCCUACUGCGGAUCCGGAAAAUGGACCGAUAUGUUCACCAAUGGAAAACAACGUCUCUUCCACCGUACCUAUCUCGCUGCCACUGGCCAGAUGUUCCAGCAAAUGUGCGGUGUCAACCUUAUUACGUAUUACGCUACGACGAUCUUCGAACAAUAUCUCGGUAUGGACCCUGUAAAGGCUCGAGUUCUCGCUGCCGCCAUGGGCUUGAUGCAGCCCUUUGGUGGAUUCUUGGCCUUUUUCACCAUUGAUCGUCUCGGUCGCCGACCACUCAUGCUGUGGAGUGCCGGAGCGAUGUCCAUCUGCAUGGCUGGGCUGGCAGGCACGACAUCUGCCAAGGGUAACACCGGCGCUCUGGUCGUCGCUGUGAUCUUCCUCUAUGCUUUCCAAUUUAUCUUCACCGUCGGCUACUCGGGCCUGACGUUCCUCUAUGCUGCGGAGAUGGCACCACUGCAAAUUCGAGCUGCUGUCAGCGCAGUUUCUACCAGUACUGUCUGGGCGUUCAACUUCCUGCUCGCUCAGGUUACUCCCGUUGGCUUUUCCACCAUUGAGAACCGUUAUUAUAUCAUUUUCGCCGUGAUCAACGCUGCCAUUGUCCCAUCAGUCUAUUUCUUCUUCCCUGAGACAAAGGGACGUUCUCUAGAGGAGAUUGAUGAGAUCUUUGCCCAGUCGAAGAGUAUCUUUGAUCCUCCGCGCAUCGCUCGUGCCAUGCAAAAGGUGCAUGUAGGCGAGGUUCACUCCGAGAGUGGUGAUCAAAGUGGGUCGAAUGAUGAUGUUAUCAAGGAGGAGGUCAAGGCUUAA